CAGGCGUGGUCUGACUACAACAACCAGUCAACCACUUCUUUAAUGGAGGAUCCGGAGGAAUAUCUUUCACCAGUUGAAGAAUCUCAACCUGAUGGCCCUGGAACCGUUCCUGCUCAAUACCAAUAUGUCGCCGGUCCCGAUUCUUUAUUACCUGUGGGUAGAAGUACUAGCACUAGCUCCGUUCUUCCUGAGCUUGAAGCUGAUAGUAUUAUUGAUGCUGUAACUUUAAGACGUAUAAUGAAAAACAGGAAUGUUAAAAUAAUUCCACUUUUUAUCUGCUCUGCUGGUUUGCCAGAGAGUGCCAAAAAGGAAGCACUCCAAGAGAUAUUUAAGACUCCAGUCACUGCAGGGUUCUCAUCUCAUCAUAUUUUGGCUACUAAUAGGUCUAACUAUGAAAUGCACUCAACCUCAAUGCUGUACAACUUUGGUGUCCAAUCUUGCCAAUUGGCCAGAAGUUCCGAAGAAAUUUCAUACAAAGUUCCUACUGAACAGCCUUUGAUUUACAAAGAUGCAUUACUUAACAAGCACAUGAAAGAACUAUUGGCUCACUUACAUCGAUACAGCAGCCAGUUUUGUGACAAACAAAAUUUAGACUUAAUUUUUACCAUAACAAGAGGUGCAGCUCUAAUAAAUAUUUGGAACAUAACACUCAACACUAAUGUAUUUUACUUUUUGAGAGCAUUUAGUGGCCACCUGACUAAUAGUCGUAUGUGGCUUUUUGCAGAUUUGACCAUAGAAGAAGUAAAUGAAGAAGAAAAAGGAAAGCUUCAGAUAUGGCAGAAACCAUUGGAUUAUCUCCUUCGCUGCAUGCGACUUUGUAAAGGAGUUACUACUCAUAGCGACUGUGCACAGUGUUCGCUUCACACAGUGGAGAGGAUAGUGAUAAAGAAAUCGAAACCAAAAUGAAGACAUUCGAAGAAGAAUUGCAACGAGUGGCCAGACAGUUAAAUGUCACAGAAUUCAUAGAUGAAACCUUACCUUUCAACAAAAAAGCUCAAGGUAAUUAUUUUCUUCUGUUUCUAAAGAACUUAGUGGGUAGUGUUUAUGGAAAAACAUGUAUUCCGAUUUCAGGGUUAUUUUUACGUGGUGCUCUAGAACAUAAGGAGGGCAUGUUUAUGAGGAAGGUAGAGUUACGUCAGCUUGCUGAGGAAUGCGAUAUGAAUGAUGAGGAUUUCAAAGAGUUUUGUGAGCUAUUCACGUCAUUUGGUAGCAUCUUUGACCUUAGUCUUGUUGAUGAUACCAGCGAUAUUGUUAUUGUCAAACCUAAUGAAUUUUUAUCUAAUCUC